CCGUUGUGGUUGUUUUGCAAAAAAGCCCCUCGAUUUACAGGAAAUCAACCCGCGGUCCCUGUUUUAGUGGCACCCAGAAAAAACGUUUCACUUUUACAAACAAAACCCUAUAGGCAUUUCAAUUCAGUCCGCAAUCCUUUCCUUCCUCUUAUCCACUCUGCGCCGGCGGCUACGCCCAUUCCGCCGUGCGCCGGCGGCCGCCGUGCCUGGCACCGGAGGAUGGAGUGCGCUCGCCGGGAGGAUGGACGGCGCGGAGAGGCGCGCUCGAGCCUGAGCUCCUGUGCCCGCGCCUCGCGCCUCCUUGCACCGCUCCGGCGGCCUCACUCGCCACACGCCGUCGCCGGCGACCACAAGCAGCGACCGUCGCACCUCUCUGCGCGCCACCCCGAAGCCCCAGGCACGCCGCGCUGCCGUCCCCCGCAACCCCGGCCUCCUCCUCGACCUUGCCUCUCCGUGCGAACAAACGACGUCGCCGGCGGCGGCCUCGGCCACCAUGCUUGAGCUGACGAGCGCCGACCGCACGGGGCUCAUCUCCGAGGUGUUCGACGUGCUAGACGACAUGAGCUGCAGCGUCGUCGAUGCCAGGGCGUGGUCGCAUCGCGGCCGCCUCGCCUGCCUCGUCUACCUGCGGGACGAGGAUGUUGCCGCAGCCGUUGUGGAGCACAUCGAGGCCCGCCUCGCCUCCCUCCUCCGCGGAGACUCGGAAGCCAGCAGCGGCGCCGUGGCUGCCGUCCCCGCCGGCUCCAUCCCGCACGCCAACCGGCGCCUCCACCAUCUCAUGUAUGCCAGUGGCGACCAGGAGCACGCGUUCCCAACUCCCACGGUGCGUGCUCAUGGAUCUCGAGCCCGACACCAUGGGCUCCGUGCACAAGGGGCCCUACGGCCAGAUCUUCCGCCCCGACAACUUUGUCUUCGGCCAGUCCGGCGCCGGCAACAACUGGGCCAAGGGCCACUACACCGAGGGCGGGGAGCUCAUCGACUCCGUCCUCGACGUCGUCAGCGAGGAGGCCGAGAAUUGCGCCGCCUCCAAG